AUGGAAAAGAGCCAUGGAGUGAUUCAUAUGAAGAUUUGCCAAAGCUUGGACUCCGCUGCAGUGCUGAUGCGGUUCAGGGAUUUUCUUGGCGGUGGAAUUUAUCGGCAUAGUGACCGAACUGGGACAAAGGAAGCAACGCUGCAAUGGAAAGUUCAUGGCACGACCAUGCAACACGCGGCAGAUGUGCUGUGCAAAUUUCCAUCCAUGCAGCGGGCACAACUCCAGAUAGCCGCAGGAGGCGCUGUUGCAAGGGCGGACAGAAGUGAUAUGAUACAGACGCUGAAACAAUUGAAGCAGAUGGACCAUGUGCCUACAACUUUUCAAUCUUCGUGGCCUUACUUUGCUGGUUUCUUCGAUGCUGAGGGCUCAAUCACAGUUGGGGGAACGUAUGUUGGGCUUCACCUGCAAGUACAUCAAAAGAAUCCAUUCGUCUUGGAGGAAUUGCAUUCCUUCCUGCUCAAACACAAGUUGAACAAAUGGGCGCUUCAUUCGGACAACAGCAGAGGUGCUUGGAAACUCCAGUGCAGACACCGUGCAACUUGCCAGCUGACGCUGCGGCACCUCCUUGAUAGUGGCCUUGACCUCAAGAAGAGACAGGCAGACCUAGCUCUUUCGCUCACCGCGGACAAUCAGAUGCAAGUUCGUGAGGCAAUGUUUGAGUUGAAUGGCAACCAAAACAAGUACGGGCGCCUUGACGGUCCAGGUAUUCAGCGUGCCAAAGAAAUUAGUAGUGUCAGGCAACAAUUGAAAAAAGCCUCCCAACAAGAACGUGAGUUGCUGGAGGUCAAGCUUGAAGGUCUUCUAGAAGAGCACAAGUUGCAGAACUUGGUCACCAAGUCCCUGCCGCAGAUGCAGCUCAGCUGCACCACCACAAUGCACGAAACGCGUGGCUUGCGUGCCAGGUACUUCGCAACAGGUCUCAUGGUUCUUUAUAUCGUCUACAACUUGUUAGCGAGCCAGACCUUCCAGGGUCGGCUUCCCAUGUUCUUGGUGGUGGUCUCCUUCAUCUCGUGGGUCGUGACGCCCGUGAUCUUUGCACCGUUGCCGCGGUGCGAGCUCAUCGAACAGGAUUUGAGAGAGUUCAACGGCUUCAUCAAUGGCCGAGCAGGGAUGUCAGAGAAAGAGCUACCAGAAGUGGUCGAGCGAGGACAAAGGGGCCGAGCACGGACCAUCUUUGAGUGUGGCUUGGUGGACUCGGUCAGCUAUUGGACAAAGAUGUGCCAAAGCCCAGAGGGACAGAUGGGACAAAGAAGCAUGAGGAGAAAGAACAUGGGAACACCCAUGGUUUUGGGUCAAUCUCGGCCGGCAUGGAGGUUUCGUUAUGAUUUUCAGUUGUUGUUUUUGUACAUCUUCGGAUGGUUUUGA